AUGAGCCGACCAUUUUCUUGGCUGAGGGCGCCGUUCCAUUUCACUUCCGCCCCAGUCACUGUGCUCGCCGUGCUCAUCUACGUUGUCAUCUUGGCAAGUGUUCUUUACACUGACGAGCUCACCGAUGUACCCAGGAACACCAAGGGUCUGAACGUGGACCGGGCGUAUGCAGACUUACACCAGAUAACCGUCCGCCCACAUCCAUACCUCUCCCAUGCAAACGACGACGUCCGCGCCUACCUCCUCUCCCAGCUUGAACUCGUCGCGGCGCAGUACGACCACGUCCACCUCUCCGAUGACCUCACCUCCAACGCGUCUUUCGUCUCCGGCGGCAUACUCAAGGGUCAGACCCGCACCGGUGUCUACUUCGAAGGCACGAACAUCCUCGUCAAGAUCGACGGCACUGACACGCCGCUCUCCGAUCCGGAGGGCCAGCACGACGGCGUACUUUUCUCCGCGCACUACGACUCCGUGUCGACAGCGCCUGGUGCAACAGACGACGGUAUGGGCGUCGUCACUCUGGUCGAGCUCGUCCGCUACCUUGCUGUGCCGGAGCACAGGCCGCGCCGCACAGCGGUGUUCUUCUGGAAUAACGGCGAGGAGGACGGCCUGAAUGGCGCAUAUACAUACUGGAAGCACCCGUGGUCCAACCUCACGGCGACGUUCCUUAACCUCGAAGGUGCGGCAGCGGGAGGGCGGCCCAUUCUCUUCCGCUCCACCUCGCAAACCGUGACCCGUGCGUACGCGUCGAAAGCUAUCUCGCACUUGCAAGCCGAUGUCAUCACCGGAGACGCGUUCAAGCGGGGCGUCGUCCGCAGUGCCACCGACUAUCAGAUCUAUGCGGCGGGUUUGAAGGGGGUCCGGGACCCGAUGUACGGUCUCGACGUGGCAUUCUACAAGAACCGCGCGUUCUACCACACCCCUCGCGAUUCGAUCCCUGGCAUGGGAUACGGCGAGGGCAAGAAGGCGCUCUGGGCGAUGCUGGAGACGGCGCGCGGCGCAGGGCUUGCGCUACUCAAUGACGAUGACACUACCGACGAUGACGGCUCUCAAGGGGUCUACUUUGAUCUGUUUCGCACGAAGCUGGUGCUCUUCUCCACUCAGGCCCUCUUUGUGACCAACGUCGUUUUCUUGAUACUCGGUCCGAUCGUUGCGAUCGUCUUGCUCGCUUUCUUGGUUAUCGUGCCGAAGAAGUCUGGCUCCGGACAUGUCGCGGAGGCUCCGCAAGAGAUACCUACUAACAAGUGGACCAAGGUGAAGAAGGCCGGCAGAGUCGUACUCGGCUGGGGUCGUUUCUGGAUCGCGCUGGUCGUCGGCAUCUUAGUCCAUGUUGGUCUCGUCGCAGGCUACCUCAACCUCAAUCCAUACGUUGUCUAUGCGCACCCUUACGUCGUACUCGUGACGUUUUUGUCGCUCUCGUACAUCGCUGUCGUAGGCCCACUCCAGAUCCUACAGAGCGCCAUCCCGACGUCGCCGUCCUCGCAGAAGCUCGUCCUCCUGCUUGAGCACUACUUCCUUACCUGGGUGCUCCUUGUGGUAGCUACUGUCCAGGUGCACAAGUACGGCGUUGGCGGCGUGUACUGGAUCACCGCGUGGAACCUCACAGCAUGGCUGGCAGUCGGGACUGCCCUCGGCGAAGGGGUGGUUAACGGCUGGAAAGGCGGCGAGCAGGGACGCAAGGCGGGGCUGGACCUAUCGAUCGAGAACGACUAUGACGCGACGGACGGCUCGGGUCGGCGGUUUGUCACAGGUGUCCGGUACGACGCACCAGUGCGUGAGGACGAGGAGCACGGAGAGAAUGGUCGAGGCGAUGAGCCGGAAGGCGGCGAGGUGGAGACGGAUCCGACGGAGAUCACGCCGCUCAUGUACCAACAACGGGAAUCGCUGGAGACGGGAUCGGCCGACCCGAAGUAUGGCGAGUACGGAUGGUGGAUCUUGCAGAUGGUGUUUGCAGUCCCCGUAGUGGCGACGUUGCUGUUCCAGCUUGAGUACCUACUCUUGCAAGCGCUGAUGAACACACUAGUGGAUGGGAGCAGUGCACUGAAUCUAUAUGGAUGCCUUUCAGCCUUGUCGCUGAUCAUUUUCCUCCCAAUCGCACCUUUCGCGCAUCGACUGCACCACUGGUUGACCGUGAUCGUCUUGGUCGUGUUCGCACUGACGCUGAUCACUUCGUGGACGAUGUUCCCGUUCUCUCAAGAGCGACCUUUCAAGGUGUUCUUCCAGCAACAGGUGGAGAUUCGUACCUCUUCGGCCGCAACCGGGCCCGUAGGCGCGGCGAGUGUAUCCUCUGAUGUUCUCAACCCGGACGUCCGCGUUUGGACUGUCUUGACCGGGUUGCCUGGCUACGUGGACCGUCGCCUCGUCCCGGAAUUGCCGUCUUCGUGGGGGAAGGACGUUCAGUGCGAGACGGACACGGUUCUUAAGCCUGGUCUUCUCAGCUGCAAAUGGGAGAGCGACCUUGUUCCCUCACCUGGCGGCACAAAUACCAGCGGAGACUACGACCAGUGGAUCGACGUCAAGACGACACGGCUCAACGAGACCAAUGGGAUGGUGUUCGUCAAGGGUACGAAUACGCGCGGGUGCAGGCUGUAUUUCGACAAGCCUAUCACGUACUACAAGAUACACGAUGUCGUCGACGCGGGUGCGCCUGGGACCAACGCGACCGGGGAGUUCCUCCCCGGAUACGAGAUGCCGAAAGAAGGGAUCAAGGACCUCAAGCUAUGGAGCCGAGAGUGGGAGAGGGGCUUCCUGGUUGAGGUGGGCUGGAAUGCCGACUCGGAGGAUGGCUUCAUGGAUGACACGAUGGGAGGGCGUGCGGCGUGCGAGUGGGCGGAGUACGCGAGCGCAUCAGACGGUCAUGGUCAGGGUGGACUCAUUCCUGCACUGGAAGAAGUGAAGGCGUUCCUGCCGCUGUGGGCGCAGCCGACUAAGACGACGGACGGUUUGGUGGAGGCCUGGAUGAGGUUCUCAAUUUGAGUGAGCACGCAUAUGCAUAUGUAUGUCUUGACGAUGACUGGACACUCUCGUGAUUAGUAAGGACAGCACUUCCCUGUACUUCUACUAUCGGCAACGAAGUUUGAUUGGUUUCGCAGGCUGUACGACUCGCCGGGGAAUGUAUGAUGCGAAGAAGGUCGGCCUCGGUGGAGCAUGGGUAUUGUUCGCUUUGCACACUUUGGGGUGUCUCUUGACUGAUCGCUUCCACCGGGUCGUUGCGCGCACUUCGAAGUGCGUUCAUUUCAAAUAUUAAAAAAAAAGAAGGGUCCCUCCAACCGUCAAACUACGCCGCAGCAUCCAUAACGGUGAACGAUUGUUGCCGCUAAUAGUCUAUGAAUUACACUAGGC